AUGGUCAACUACCGAAGUGCGACUGAGAUCAAAACGCCGGAAAAACCACCAAGACCUUCUCAACAACCAACAGAAGAUGAGUUAAACUCCGAACCAGCUGAUGAGACUCCAGAAGCACUUGAAAAACGUUAUGAUGGUUACAUGAAAACGUUGGUAGAGGCUCACCCAGAUAAGAAAUGUGAUGUGAUGUUUGCUAAACUCAAUGAUGCGACAAUACGGAAAGAAGUGGAGUUUUAUCGCGAGCAGGAUAUGAAGGAUCGCGAGACUCACCCAAGUGAAAUUGUGAAUACGUUGCCAGAAAAAGAGCACACGAAGGCAAAUAUCGAGUACCUUGGAUUGGUUCUUUUCGGGUUUCAUGGAAAACUUCGAAAAGAAGUCAUGUCACACACCGUUCUGGUUUCACCUACUGAGUUCUUUAUCAACCCAUGGUCUAUCCGAUUGACGAAACAUAAGUACAUUCAAGAGUUUAACCAACAUCCGGAGAGAGAAGUGUUAGGAAAGAAGCGAAAGUCAACCAACUACGCUUUUCUUCAAAAUCUUGCCAAGCACAUCAGAGAGUUUCGGGAAUUCUAUAAGAACUCACUAAACAAGCACAGAAAGGUCUACAAAUCGUGCUGGAAUGACGCCGGAAUCUGCCUCGAUUUGAGUAUCGCCAGUUGGUUCAAAUUGCACAUCUGA